UUGAAGCUAUGUAUGGAGAUCUUCCUCCUCCCAUCAUGCUGAUUGGCCACAGCAUGGGUGGUGCUAUUGCAGUCCAUACAGCAUCAGCCAAUUUGGUGCCAAGUUUAUUGGGUCUCUGCAUGAUUGAUGUUGUUGAAGGUACAGCAAUGGAUGCUCUAAAUAGCAUGCAGAAUUUCUUACGCGGUCGCCCUAAAACCUUCAAGUCCCUGGAGAAUGCCAUAGAAUGGAGCGUAAAGAGUGGCCAGAUACGGAAUCUGGAAUCUGCCCGAGUUUCAAUGGUUGGCCAAGUCAAACAGUAG